CUCCAAAACAUAUCUUGUUGUGCAACCAAUAAUAUGGCUACUUUCUCUACCAACCAAAUUACAAUCAUUCUUUUUUGUUUACUAUCUACAAUCAUCUUUAACUCAUCAUCACUAGUUAUGUGUAAUUCCAUGAUGGUUCAUUGUGAUGAGAAGGAUGAGAGCACAUUGCUCAAGUUUAAACAUGAAGUCACAGAUCCUUCUGGAGUACUCUCAUCUUGGUCUUCUGAUGAAGAAAAAGAUUGUUGUCAAUGGAGAGGAGUUCAUUGUGAUAACAUCACACACAGAGUUACAGAGCUUCAUCUCCCUUGUGAUACAAUCCAAUCUGAUGAAAUUCUUGAUCAAGAUAAUGAGAAAUGGCACUGUCUAACAGGUGAAUUCGACAUGUCUUCUUUGUUUGAUCUUGAAUUUCUGAGUUACUUGGAUUUGAGUAACAAUGAUUUCAAGACCAUCAAAUAUGAUUUCAAUUCUAUUCAUAACAACAAGACAUGUAAUGACUCCUCCAACAUUCAUUAUCUUGAUUUAGCAUAUAACUAUCAUCUUUUCAGUGAUUAUAAUAAUAUGCUACAUCAGAUUUCUCAUCUUUCCUCUUUGAAAUUUCUGGACCUUAGUGGUAUUGAUCUUUACAAAGAAACCGAUUGGCUUCAAUCACUGACCUCACUUUCUUCACUUUCAGAGUUACACUUAGAUGAUUGCAGUCUUAAAGAUAUAAAUCCAUCUCUUCAGUAUGCUAAUUUGACUUCACUUAAGGUUCUUAGUCUUGUUUCCAAUGACUUCUCAUCAAUCUUGCCUUCUUGGUUAUUCAAUCUUAGUCACAUCUCAUAUAUCGACAUUUCUAAAACCUCCAUGCAUGGCCAACUGCCUCAAACACUACCAAAGUUUCAUCAAAGCAUUGAAUCAUUGUAUUUGAAUGACAAUGAUCUCGAUGGUCCCAUUCCGGAUUGGUUGGGCCAACUUGAUCAACUGCAAGUACUUGCACUUUCUCAUAAUUCUUUCUGUGGUCCAAUCUCAACAAUUUUGGAAAACUUACCACCCUUAUUGAUUGAAUUGCGUCUCCACUCAAAUUUCUUUACAGGAACUGUCUCAGAUAAAAAUUUCCAUUUGCUUUCCAAGUUAAAGAUUUUGGGUUUAGGCUCAGAAUCCUUAAUCUUUGACUUUGAUCCUAAAUGGAACCCUCCUUUUCAACUUCAUGUUUUAGCACUGGAAUACCCUGGUCUCAAAUUUCCAUCAUGGAUAUAUACACAAACUUCUCUAAAAGUUCUGUACAUUGGGAACUCCAGAACUUCAUUCCAACCUCUUGGCAAGUUCUGGAAGUUCACUGCUCAACUUGAAGUUUUGAACUUAAUAAACAAUUCCAUCAGUGCUGAUAUGUCAAACGUGUUACUUGAUUCCAAACAUGUAAUGAUGCUAUCGAAUAACUUGAGUGGCAGUGUGCCUCGAGUGUCACCAAAAGUGACUCAUUUGGAUUUGUCUUAUAACAAUUUAUCUGAUAUCUCUCCUUUCUUAUGUCAAAAGAUGAAGGAAAAAGGGAAUUUAGAGACUUUGUUCAUAUCUGAUAAUGCAUUAUCCGGAGAAAUUCCAAAUUGUUGGAUGAAUUGGAGGUCAUUAUUUCAAGUUAACUUGAGGAGCAAUAAUUUGAGAGGUGAAAUUCCUCACUCAAUAGGGUCAUUGUCUAGACUAAUCUUUCUGGAUUUGGAAGAAAAUAAUUUGUCUGGAGAGAUACCUUUGUCCUUAAAAGGUUGUAAAAAUCUUCGAUAUCUUAGUCUAGGCAAAAAUGCAUUUUCUGGAGUUAUACCAAUUUGGAUCAGUAAGAGAAUAAAAAUAUUUCAAUUGGGAUCUAAUCAAUUCAGUGGAAAUAUCUCAAAUGAAAUAUGUCGAUUUUAUUCUCUCAAGAUAUUGGAUCUUUCAGAUAACAGAUUAUCAGGGCGAAUACCCAUAUGUAUGCACAAUAUGACAAGCAUGAUUUCUCCAUAUGCUUCAAUGGAUGUGUUCAUGGUUCCUAGCUACUCAAAAUAUAGCAGAAGAAGUGUCACUUAUUUAUAUUUGAACCUAGUUACAAAACACAUGGUAUUGUCUUAUCUACAUUCAAUAUACCUCAUUGAUCUUUCAAGCAAUGAUCUCUCUGGAACAAUACCAUCAGAGUUAUUUAUGCUCACUAGAUUGCAAUCUUUAAAUCUGUCCCACAAUCAAUUAAUGGGAUCAAUUCACAUGAUAUUGGCACCUUGACACUGCUGGAAUCUCUUGAUCUUUCAAACAACUUAUUUUCAGGACAAAUUCCUCAGUCCAUGUCUGGUAUGUCUUUUCUUGAAGUCUUGAAUCUCUCAUGCAACAAUUUUGAAGGCAAAAUCCCAUUGGGAACACAACUUGAGGGUUUCACAAACCUUAGUUAUGCUGG